CUUCCAUUGUGAGCUCACAUAACGAACUCCUCUGAAAAAAACAAAAAAAAUGGGAACAAGAGAAAGAGACAGAGAUCUAGAGCUACUCAUCCCUGUCAGUAUUCCGCCAUUGGUGUCCGCCAUUGAAAUCUCUAAACCUUCAACCCCUUCUCCUUCUUCAUCCCCUGUUUCUUAUCAUCACACUGCCCCACCCAAAGAGGCAUGUUGCAAAGUCAUUCGGCGCUGGACUUCAAAGAAGUUUAUGUCUGGAAGUGUGAUCCUGCUUCCUAUAGCCAUCACUUUUUACUUCACUUGGUGGUUUAUUCAUUUCGUUGAUGGAUUCUUCUCACCGAUUUAUGCUCAUCUUGGGAUAAACAUAUUUGGUCUCGGCUUUGUAACCUCUAUUACAUUCAUCUUCUUGGUGGGAGUGAUUAUGUCAUCAUGGUUGGGAGCCUCUAUUCUCCAAUUGGGGGAGUGGUUUAUCAAGAAAAUGCCCCUUGUUAGCUAUAUAUACUCUGCUUCCAAACAAAUUAGUGCAGCAAUUUCACCAGAUCAGAACUCGCGAGCUUUUAAGGAAGUGGCUCUGGUAAAACAUCCUCGCGUAGGAGAAUACGCACUAGCAUUUAUCACGUCUACUGUCACUCUCCAUAGCCACACGGGUGAAGAGGAACUUUUCUGUGUUUAUGUACCGACAAAUCACUUGUACUUGGGUGACAUGUUUCUUGUAAGCUCGAAAGAUAUUUUGAGGCCUAAUCUCUCGGUCCGUGAGGGCAUAGAAAUUGUCAUCUCUGGUGGCAUGUCAAUACCCCAAGUACUGACUACAGUAGAUGCAGGCGUCCUGCGUGCAGUAAGAGGCGGAGAUAUUUCCGGAUUACCCGUUUAACUCUAAGAAAUUGCAGAGGGAUGAAGCUUCAGAGUUGCAGCAGAAAAAUCAAUGGGGAAUUCUCAGAAAUUAAGGCUAAAGUAUAGCACAAGAAACAGACUUAUUUGGGAGCCUCAAAUUGUGUUGAUGAAUAACUAGGAUUUGACUCAUGAUUCACUCGUUAAUUGUUUUUCUUUUUUUUGGUUCUAUUACGAGGAGUUCCCCUAGUUUCCCGCGGAAGCUUGUAUGGGUACCUCGAUGAGAAGCAUCCCUUCCAGACGAGGAGUUUUUUCCAUACCCAAGGUAAACCUGAGACCUUGGUUGAGGAGCAACUGCAAGAGGCUCGUAACCACUCACACCACCCCUAAUUGGUACUUGUUAAUUGUAAUUAGUUGUUAUAGAAAGUGUUAGAAACUUUUGAUCUGCUGUAAAAUCUGUAAUUUUACUGUUCAUUUAGACUAUGAUGAAGAGUUUCUAGUAUUGAGUGUUAA